CCGCUUGUGGUGAGAGAUUUCGGUUGGUCCUGACAGGCGCACGGCGGGCAGCCCCGUGGGGUCCUGACACACAUGGCGGCUCUGUGGCGGUGCUCGGCUGGGAGAAGGGUGACAAUUGCGCACAGUUGUAGCCGGGGACUGGCAGGUUUACAUUAUGAUUAUGAUUUGCUGGUGAUUGGCGGAGGCUCUGGAGGUCUGGCCUGUGCCAAAGAAGCUGCCCAACAUGGAAGCAGAGUUGCAGUGUUUGACUAUGUGGAGCCAUCUCCCAAAGGCACCAAAUGGGGAAUCGGAGGGACCUGUGUAAAUGUUGGCUGCAUUCCAAAAAAACUGAUGCACCAGGCUGGUCUGCUGGGAGGUGCCCUGAAAGAUGCCCCCCAUUAUGGCUGGCAUGUACAUCAUCCAACGCAGCACAACUGGUCAACAAUGGCACAAGCUGUUCAGAAUUAUGUGAAAUCAUUAAACUGGGGACACCGAGUACAACUGCAAGACAAAAAGGUUAAGUAUUUUAACCUGAAGGCCAGUUUUGUUAAUGAGCAUACAGUGCAUGGAUUAACUAGCACUGGAAAAGAGACAAUAGUGACUGCAAACAACAUAGUGCUAGCUACAGGAGGAAGGCCAAAAUAUCCUACAAAUGUUCCUGGAGCAGUAGAACAUUGUAUUACAAGCGAUGAUCUCUUUUGGCUGAAAGAACCUCCGGGGAAAACAUUGGUCGUUGGAGCCAGCUAUGUCUCACUUGAGUGUGCAGGAUUCUUGACUGGAAUUGGCCAGGAUACCACCACCAUGAUUAGGAGUAUACCUCUCAGGGGGUUUGAUCAGCAAAUGGCUGUGCUAGUGACUGAUUACAUGGAGUCCUAUGGUACAAAGUUCUUAAGAAAAUGUAGCCCGACAAGUGUAGAAAAGUUGGAGAGUGGAAAACUGCAGGUGACCUGGAAAAACAUGGAUUCUGCUGAAGGAGGAAAGGAGACUUUUGACACUGUCAUGUGGGCUGUAGGUCGUGCUCCUGAAACUAAGCAUCUGCAUUUGGAGAAGGUUGGAGUGAAUAUCAAGCCUGAAACAGGAAAGAUAAUUGUUGAUGCUUUGGAAGCCACGUCUGUUCCAAACAUAUUUGCAAUCGGAGACAUUUCGGAGGGUCGCCCAGAGCUGACACCUACAGCCAUCGCAGCUGGAAAACUUUUGGCACGGCGAUUAUUUGGUAACUCUACAGAAUUGAUGGAUUAUGACAGCGUUCCCACUACAGUGUUCACUCCACUAGAAUAUGGUUGUGUAGGGCUCUCUGAGGAGGAGGCCUUAGCAUCAUAUGGAGAGGAUGCUAUUGAGGUCUUCCAUGCAUUCUACAAACCUCUGGAAUUCACAGUGGCUGGCAGAGAUGCUUCUCAGUGUUAUAUUAAGAUGAUUUGUCUCAAGGGGUCGUCGCAGAGAAUUCUCGGUCUACAUUUUACUGGGCCAAAUGCAGGAGAAGUCAUCCAAGGAUUUGCCCUCGCAAUUAAAUGUGGUGCCACUUACCAUCAGCUAAUGAGCACAGUGGGCAUACAUCCAACCUGUGCUGAGGAAGUGACUAAGCUGCACAUCACCAAGAGCUCAGGACUGGACCCCACAGUCACUGGCUGCUGAGGUUAACUACCAUCCCUGAGAA